GGAGUACGCGGGGCGAUGGCGGCGGCCGCGGCCAUGGCCGCCCUGGGUCGGAGCCUCACGGCCGCGCUCCGCCUGCCCCGGGCUCGGCCGGGACUCCCCGGGUACGCACCGCGCCGGGCGGACUCGGGCUCAGGCAUGGAGGGGCGGGCGCGGUUCUCGAGAGGAAGGAGAGCCUAUGGCGGGAGGCGGGUGUCCGUGUGUCCCGGCUCCGCCAGCCUGAGGGCUGCAGCGCGGAUGGCACUGAAUCUGUACCACAAGAACCUACCAAAAAUUGAGACCCUCCAUCAGGUGAAGUUCCUGCACACAACUGUGUCUCGGAGAGGUCUGGAGGAGUUUUUUGAUGAUCCAGCAAACUGGGGGGAAAAAAGUGUAAAGUCUGGGGAUUCAUGGAAUAUAAAGCAGCUAAGGGGCAAGAGUAGUGAAGACUUGCACAAGCUUUGGUAUGUCCUGCUGAAAGAAAAGAAUAUGCUCCUAACUUUAGAGCAAGAAUCCAAACGACAGCGCAAGGCUAUGCCAAGUCCAGAACGCUUAGAAAAGGUAGAAACAUCUAUGAAAAAUAUAGACUUGGUUGUCAGAGAAAGAGAAAUUGCUUUGAGGCUUUUACAAACGGGCCAUGAAAAGCCAGUCCCUGGCGAGUGGAGACACGACUUCCUGGGACGCACCUUCUGGUACAGUUACAAGGAAUGGCCAAUACCAUGGCACUUGAACAAAAAGCACAAAAAGAAGAGAUUCUAUUACUUACCUCAUGUGAAUCACUUCAUCAGACUCAGACUUGAAAAAACCUUACGGAAAAGGGCAAGGCAGCAAAGCCUGGAGAGGACAAGGCGGAAGGUCUUGGAAAGGAAGUUCCCUGAUGUUGCUGUGAAAGCCCAGAGCCAGUAGCAGGCUGGAAGAACACUGCAAGCAACUGGUUGAGUGUCUGUGGAACAUGAAUCAUGUUCUGGAUCCACAAACAACUCCACUGAGCAUUCCAGAGAGUCUCCAUCUUUUUCUGUUUUUAAUACCACAUUUGACUUUAAUUAAACUUGUGAUCUGGAAUUAAAAAG